AAAUCCCAAUAUUAAAAGUAGAAGUUGGUGUUACCAGUUUUCGAAGUUUUCAUUUUGAUUUGGAAAACAUAUUUUGAGUUUCUAAGAAUAUUCAACUUAACGUAGCUUAUUUUCCGUUGCAAGGAUGGAAAAUGAAGAUUUGAGUUGGAACAAUUAGCGUUUUUCCGGAUAUAUUUACACUAACUAAUACACUUAUUAUUAAAUAAUUAAUUAUGGACUUGUAAUAUUAAAAUCAUUAUAUAGGAAUUACAUUUUGGCUUUAAUUUUAUUUAAAGUCGAAGUUUUCUUGUCGAUUUCAAAGAUAUCUUUAAAAUUUAGAUGAAUAUUUAGCUUUUCGUAGCUCACUUUCCGUUGCUCUAAUAAAAACCAAUGAUUGAGGUUCGAUUUUUGUAAUGUUGGCAUAAGCCGCGUUUUGAUUUAUUUAUGGCUUUAUUUACGAUUUUUUUCUCAAUGUGCCCUCGCACAUUUGAGCCGCUCGAAGCUCUGUAAAGCGAUAAAGCCAAUGCGAUACUCGUACAUGAGAGAACUGCGCGCUCUUAUCACAUGAGAAUGCUUUUUAGUAUUCAGUUUGACUUUUGCCACAGUUUCGAGUACCCAGCUGGCCGGAGAGGAACAUAGCACACCCUGAGAUGGAGCCACAGCAGCAGGAUUCGCCAGUGUACGCCAACUACGAGGACAUGCGGAACUCCGGUCCGACCAGUUCCACGGCCUACAUGAUCAACAUGGGUCCCGGUGGAGUGCCUCCCGAGCAGCCAGCUCGGGUUCCCGGUCCCACUCAGCAGUACCGUGGCUUCAAGACAUCCGAGAACGAGCCGAGGGGAAUCAUGGAGUGGGUGGUCACCUUCUUCUCCGUGAUCAUCUUCAUCAUAACCUCGCCCAUCGCAAUCUUCAUCUGCUUCAAGGUGGUGGCGGAGUACGAGCGGGCGAUCAUCUUCCGGCUGGGCAGGCUGAGUGGCGGGGCUCGUGGUCCGGGCAUGUUCUUCAUCCUGCCGUGCAUCGAUGAGUACCGCAAGGUGGACCUGCGCACGGUCACCUUCAAUGUGCCGCAGCAGGAGAUGCUGACCAAGGACUCGGUGACGGUCACCGUGGACGCGGUGGUCUACUACCGGAUCAGUGAUCCCCUCUACGCAGUGGUGCAGGUGGAGGACUACAGUAUGUCCACCCGCCUGCUGGCGGCCACCACCCUGCGCAACAUCGUUGGCACCCGCAAUCUCUCCGAGUUGCUCACCGAGCGCGAGAUCCUCGCCCACACCAUGCAGUCCACUUUGGAUGACGCCACCGAGCCCUGGGGCGUCAUGGUGGAGCGUGUUGAAAUCAAGGACGUCUCCCUGCCCGUAUCCAUGCAGCGAGCGAUGGCCGCCGAAGCGGAGGCUGCUCGGGAUGCCCGUGCCAAGGUGAUUGCCGCCGAGGGUGAGAAGAAGUCCGCCACUGCCCUCAAGGAGGCAUCAGACGUCAUCUCCUCCAGUCCCUCAGCUCUGCAGCUGCGAUACCUGCAAACCCUGAGCAGCAUCUCGGCGGAGAAGAACUCCACGAUCAUCUUCCCAUUGCCCAUGGAGCUGCUGACUCCCUACCUGGCCAAGUAUGCCCACUUGAUACCACAACCGCCGCAGCCGCCACAAUUGCCGGAGAAGGCCGAAUCCGUGGUGCUAGAUGCGCAGGCCGCUUGGCCAAAAACAAACCUAUGAUAUAUUCGAAAACGUAUUGCGCUGAUAUCGUGAUUAUUGAGUAUUUCUGCUUUUUUUUUUUUAAUAAAAAGUCAUCCACUAAGGAAAACAGUAA